GUUCACACACAGCUCUGGGAUCCAUUUCCCCCUCUGCCCCAACACGUCAGUUCAGUUCCUUGGGCGCUCUAUGUGGCACCGGGACCCCUGGCUCGCUGCAUGGCAUCUCCUGGAAAAUGCUGAAUCCUUAAGGUCCCUGCCUGGGGUGUUCCCAUGGCGACACGGUGGCGGCUCUGUGUGUGCAGCCUGGGGAUCCUCCUCCUGGCGCCGUGUUCUCUCUCUGAGGAGUUCUCCCUGACUGGCUCCCCGCACCCCGUGGUGGGGGUAGUUGGCCAGGAUGUGGUGUUACCCUGCCAGCUCUCACCCCAGGCUGGGCUGCCCAGCAUGGACGUGCAGUGGAGGAAAGCUGGACCAGGAUUUAUCCUGGUUCAUGAGUACAUGGAUGAGGGUACCCAGGACCUGCCGGGGGAGGGUUACCAGACCCGGACAGAGCUGUUCCUGCAGGAGUUCAGCAGCGGGAACGUCUCACUGAAGCUGAAACGGCUCCAGGUGGCAGAUGAUGGGACAUACCAUUGCUUCGUGAGGAACCCAGAGUGGACCCUGGAAGCCACCACUGAGCUACAGAUUGCAGCUGUGGCUCCAGUGUUCAUUGACGUGCUGGGCCCCCGGGGUCAGGGGAUUGGGCUGGCCUGUAGAACCGCAGGCUGGUUCCCCAAACCUGAACUCCAGUGGGUUGGAAAGAACUGGCAGAACCUGGCAAUGGAGAUUGUGACCAACAUGACUCAGGACAGGGAGAACCUGUAUAGUGUUGUGAGUCACGUCACUGUCACAGAAGGGGAAGACAAUGGAGACAUCAGCUGCAUAGUGCGGAAUGGCCCGCUAGAGACUGAGCGACAUUCUGCCAUUCACCUCUCAGGUGACAUCUUUCCCCGGGUUUCUCCCUGGCUGGCUGCAUUCUGGGUGAUAGUCACUCUGGUUCUCAUUGCUGCUGGAGGUUGUGCAUAUCUUGGAUACACAGCGAAGCGAAAGGCCUCUCAGAAGAAACGCUCUAAAGAAGAGACUCUGUUAAAUCUUGAGACUGAGAAGACGACCUUGGACACAGAAUGCCAGGAACUGCGUAAGACGAUUGAUGCUGAGAGGAAGGCAUUGGAAUCAGAGCGUGCCAAGCUGCAUGAGACGCUUGAUGCUGAGAGGAAGGUCUUUGAAUCAGAGCGCCAGGAGCUGCGUGAGACAAUUGCAUCUAAGGAAAAGAAGAUCAAGGAACUGGAAUCAGAGUUCAGGAGGGCUCGGAGCUACAUGGGUGCUCUCCGUGCCCCCACCCUCUAUCUGAGCCAGACGUCCACGCACCCGGGGGCCUCCGUGCGGCUCCAGUGCUCCGUGUUCUCACGGGCCCUGGCCACCCGUGUCAUCUUCUGUAAGGAUGGGGAGGAGAUUUUGUCUCAGACGGGCUCAGUGGAGAAGCUCACCUACAACUAUGACCAUGUGGUGUCCAGGGGGAGCUCUGGGAGUUACUCCUGCGGGUAUGAGAUCAAGGACAGUGACAACCAGGUGAACAGAUCCCAGCUCAGCCCUGCUCAGCACCUCAGCAUCACUGGCAGCACGAACAGCAGCGGAGGAGGGGAGGAGCUGACUCACACAGGGCCGGUCAUGUCCCUCGCCAUCUGGGCCACUCGCUGCACCCUGGUCCUGCUCCUCCUGGUGUCUGUGCCCAUCAUCACCUUCUUUCUGGAGAAAUGGGAACUGCCCUAG